CCUCGGAGGAGGCAGGGUCCUUCUCCGGGGUGGUUGCUGGGGUCCAGGCAUCAUGUACUACAAGUUUAGCGGCUUCACGCAGAAGCUGGCUGGAGCCUGGGCUUCGGACGCGUACAGCCCGCAGGGAUUAAAGCCUGUGGGCUCCACAGAAGCACCUCCUAUCAUAUUUGCCACACCGACUAAGCUGAGCUCCAGUUCCACUGUUUAUGAUUAUGCUGGGAAGAACAAAGUUCCAGAGCUGCAGAAGUUUUUCCAGAAAUCUGAUGGUGUGCCUAUCCACCUGAAAAGAGGCCUGCCUGACCAGAUGCUCUACCGGACCACUAUGGCGCUGACUGUGGGCGGCACCAUCUACUGCCUGAUUGCCCUCUACAUGGCUUCUCAGCCCAGAAACAAGUGAGCUCUGCUGCAGACAACAGUUUGGUUUUGGCAUAGACCCUUUGAAACUUCAGUUUUCAUU